AUGCAAUUGCCUUUCGUGUCCCGGCAGGCGCUUGAGAGGUUCAAGUGGGUGCUUUACCUCAGCAUCCCUGCGUGGUUUGGUUACGGUCUGGCGCGUGAUCCUGCCAAUCUGGACGCCAUCAAGGAGUGGUUCCCGACCAAGGCCGGCGACCCCCAGGGCGAUUUCGGGCGGCAGCUGCCCACCCUUGAGCAGGAGUACCGCCGCGUGCGCCUGGAGCAGGCGAUCGACGCAGAGUUGGAGCGCCUCGCGCUGCGCAAGCAGCAGCAGGCCAACGGCGGCGGCGGCGGCAGCUGA